AUGGCCGUAAAUUCCAAAAAGGAUAUAGCAUAUGAGCCUAUAUAUUCGGAUUCUUCAUCCAAAAGCUUCGAGUCUGUUCUCCAUGAUGAAGAUGAACAUUGUGUUAUUGAGUAUGAACAAGUCAUGUUUCAAGGCCAUCUUGAUCACAAAAGCAUAUACAAGGGGACGCCAAACAAGGCAAUGGACAAGGCAUGGGAUGAUCUUAUGUAUAUGAAUGGCACGGUCGUGGACGCCAAGGUGAUUGACCGCAUCGGCAAGUCUCGAUAUGUCGAGGUCUUCCACCAACUCCACUGCCUUUACUAUGACCAUCUGGAAAACAGGCAACUAACAUUUGAGGAUCCCGAGCAUAUCCUUCGAAAGCGCGUGGAUCACUGUAUCGAUGUGCUGAGACAGGUUCUCUCCUGCAACACUGACGUUGGGCUCAUAACAUACAACUGGGUCGAACACUACGGCAUCUUCCCAGACUUCAGCACCCAGCAUAAGUGUCGCAAGCUGGAUAACAUUUUCAAGUGGGUAGACACACAUCAAUAG